AUGCAUAAUAAUACCUCAGUCUCGAACAAUAAUACUUCAGAAAACAUUCUCUUGAACAAUACUUUGGAAGACACACCUUUAACAUCCGAAAUUCCUCCAAUUCCUCCUUGUUUUGAAGGUUUAGAAGAACAGUGGGCUGAUCUCAAUAAAAACGGAAGAGACUUUCGAAAAGAAAUCUGGUUCAGGACACAUAUUGAUUUAUCAAGAAAGGAAAAGAUCACUCCCUUGGAACAUCUUGCCAACUUUUUUAGAAGAGCCUUACAAGAAGAAAGUUUGGACGAUUCACACGAAGAUCUACAGGAAGAAGAUCUGGACAACGAAGAUUUUAACUACCAAGACCAAACUGCUCUUAGAGCUAUGAAUAAUUUGAGCAAAAGGCGAAAAGCUCUUGUAAUCCGUGCUUUAAUUGAUAUUUCUUGCGCAACAGCAACUCAGUUAACUUCAAAUAUGUUUCCCCAAGUUCAAG